GUCAGCACCCCUUUAUCUGUUUGGAAGAAUCCAACAUGACCACCCAAACUUACACACAUGGCAGAAAUUGAUAUUAUCUUUCUAAAACUUUGUUGUCAGCCAACAUGGGCUUAAGUUAAACUGGUAUCUAAAUUGCCUCAGAAUUUUUCUUUCUUGUCUACUUGUAGGAAAUGGUCUUCCUAAUAGUCCAACCUGACCAAGGUGGCAAGGUAUCUUCACAAACGUCAGGAACUUCAAUCCAAGACCAUUAUGAUUUUUAGCCGAAGACAGUUUUUAAUUCUUUACAGUUUCCAGAGAGAAAAAGGUAAUCGAUACGAACAAUAACUUUUUAUUCUCUCUUUCUCAGUUUCCUAAGCAGUUCACCUUAGUUACAAGAGAGUUUUUUGUGUCUUUUUGGUAAGGAAUAAUGAAAGAAUCACUGGAAGCAUUAAAGCAAGGCAGCCCCUGAAACCGGAAGCCCGGACCUCAAGAAUCACAAGUGAUCAGACAAGCAACUUACAUUGUGUUUUGCAUCUUAGUGCUCUUUUCAGAUUUUCAUUCUUGUUGGUACUUUUUAAAGGGCUGUAUUUGUACAUAUGGAUAGCCCUGCUGGUGAAGGAAGGCAAGCUGCUCCGAAGGAUUUUGUUUGUCCUGUAACAGGUAAUAUAUUUGAUGAUCCAGUGACACUUGAGACUGGACAGACUUAUGAGCGUAAAGCAAUCCAAGAAUGGAUAGAUAGAGGAAACUCGACUUGUCCUAUCACGCGACAGAAGCUGGAUGGAGCUCAGCUGCCUAAAACAAAUUAUGUGCUCAAACGUCUGAUUGCAAGCUGGAGAGAACAGAAUCCCAGUUUUGCUAUAACACAGUUUGAUAAUCAGUAUCAGGAAAGUGAUCCGAAUUUUAAUUCCAUGACUCGUUCGGUUUCUCCUGAUAGUGUCAUAGGCCAAGUUAAUAUUGAUAGUAGUGUUGUGGAGCUUAGAGUUGCCAUCAAAAACCUUUGUAUGUCUGAAAUAUUGAAGGAAUCUGAAAUGGCCGUUUUGUGGAUUGAGCGUUUCUGGCACGAGGCUGACAUAAAACUAGAUGUUCAGAGUAUUCUCUCCAAACCACCUAUUAUAAAUGGUUUUGUGGAAAUUCUUUUUCAUUCGGUUGAUGAAGGAGUCUUGAGGGCAACCGUUUUCCUUCUUUCUGAACUCGGGUACAGAGAUGAUGGAGUGGUCCAGACACUAACAAGAGUGGAUUCUGAUGUUGAAUGUGUUGUAGCACUCUUCAAGAGGGGGUUCUUAGAGGCUGUUGUAUUAGUUUAUCUGCUAAGACCUUCUGCCAUGAUCCUUAUCGAUAUGGAUAUUGUGGAUUCCCUAUUAUCUGUUCUUGGGGUGAAGGAAGACGAAUUAAUUACAAUGUGUAUAAAACCGAAAUCUGCUUCAUUGUUUUUGCUUGGACAAAUUCUUGCAAGUGCUGAAGAGAGCACUCUAUCUGGAUUUAUGCGCGGUUUGGUUUCAGAAGAAGUGAUUGGAAAUAUUGUGACUAGCUUGGAAGCUGAGUGGCAAGAGGAAAGGCUUGAAGCAGUUGGUAUUUUGUUGAGGUUUAUGCAGGAGGAUGGACAUUGUAGGAAUGUCAUUGCUGAUAAGGCUGAACUUGCUCCAGUUUUAGAAAGCUUCUUCGGGGCAACUGAUGAUGAGCGAUUCCAGAUUGUUUACUUUCUUUCAGAAUUAGUUAAACUCAACAAAAGGACUUUCAAUGAGCAAGUCCUCCAUAUCAUAAAAGAUGAAGGGAGAUUUAGUACAAUGCAUACAUUACUCGUAUAUCUGCAAACAGCUCCCCCUGAACAGUGUCCCAUUGUGGCUGGUCUGCUUCUCCAGCUUGACAUUCUGGUGGAGCCGAGGAAGACUAGUAUAUACAGAGAAGAGGCAAUUGGUAGUCUAAUUUCAUGUAUUAAGAAUACAGACUCUCCUGCUGCUCAAAUAGCUGCUGCAGAGACAAUAGUGGCACUUCAAGGAAGAUUCUCACAUUCGGGAAUGCCUCUAGCCAGGGCUUUUCUUCUAAAGUCUGCAGGACUUGACAAAAAAUAUAAAUCUAUACUGAGGAAGGAAAAGCUUCACAGAUCUCCUAGUGAAGAAAUUCUGGAGGAUGAGAAGGCUGCUGAGGAAUGGGAGAGAAAAAUGGCAUAUGUUCUGGUCAGCCAUGAGUUUGGCUUACUGUUUCAGGCUUUAGCAGAGGGACUAAAAAGUCGAUAUGCAGAGUUAUGUUCAGCAUGCUUUUUGUCUGCCACAUGGCUUGUACACAUGAUUGAUGUUCUUCCAGAUACAGGCAUUCGAGGAACAGCCCGUCUCUGUUUGCUUAAGCGCUUCGUAUCAAUCUUCAAGUCUGCCAAGGACACAGAAGAUAGAGCCCUUUCUAUGCUUGCUCUAAGAUGCUUCAUUCGUGACCCUGAUGGGCUUCGUGAUCUGAAAACCUCCAUGAAAGAUAUCUUGAAAGGCCUGCGUGAGCUUAAAAAGUCAUCUUCGGUUGCUUUUGAGAUGCUGAAAGUGUUAUCCGAAGGGAAAGAUUCCAGCAGUGACAUUUGGAAUCACAAGGAACUAGUUCAAGAAGAUUGCAGUGUAAAUGGAGAAGUUUUGUCAAUCUUAUGUUCCAAAGACAAGAUUUUCUCUGGUCAUUCUGAUGGGACGAUUAAGGUGUGGAGCAGUAAAGGCGAGACUUUACAUUUUAUUCAAGAGACACGGCAGCAUACCAAGGCAGUUACGAGCUUGGCAGUUUCACAUUUAGGGGAUAAGCUUUACAGUGGUUCACUUGACAGAACAGUUAUGGCAUGGUCCAUUGGCAAUGAAUGGAUGCAAUUCGAACAAGUAUAUGAUAUGAAGGAUCAGGUUAACAACCUAGCAGUCGCAAAUAGUAUUUCGUGUUUCAUUCCUCAGGGUCCUGGAAUCAAGGUGCACUCUUGGAAUGGAGCAUCUAAAUUGCUGAAUUCGAAGAAAUCUGUAAAGUGCUUGGCCCUUGUACACGGAAAACUAUAUUGUGGUUGUCAGGAUAACAGCAUUCAGGAAAUCGAUCUGGCAACAGGGACACUCAGUAUUGUCCAGAGUAACUCCAGAAAUUUUAUGUCUAAAAUAAAUCCGAUCUAUGCGCUGCAAGUCUCUGAUGAACAACUACAUUCAGUAAGCUCUUCCGUGGAUGGAUCAACUUUGAAGAUAUGUAGUACCUCAAACUACAAUAUGAUCGGAUCAUUGACAUCCGCGCUAGAAGUGCGGUCUAUGGCAAUAAGCUCCGGUAUCAUAUACCUGGGGUGUAAAGGAGGGAUAGUGGAGGUAUGGUGUAGAAAGAAACUGGAAAGAAAGGAAACACUUCAAACUGGUACCAGCGGAAAAGUUCUCUGCAUGGCUCUAAAUGAUGAAGAAGAGAUUUUAUUAGUAGGAACCGCUGAUGGCAAAAUCCAGGCGUGGAAGUUGAGCUGAGGCGGAAGCCGCGGAGAUUCGGAUGAAUAAGUGGAAGUAGGGCAACUAGAUCUGCCAUCUUUGUUCUUGCAAUAAACUUCUCCUAAAGCUGUUAAUUACCGCGGGAAAAGUAAGUGUAUAGGUUGUAAGAAAGUAGAUAUGAAUUUGUUGAGGCAGCCACAUUGUUUUUGUGAAAUGCGGGUUCCAAAAUCCGAAUAAUGUAGGCUAAUUCCUUUUGGAGCAGUUGAUAUGAUUGAUGGUGGAGGGGAGAAAAUUCCAUUUAUGUAGACACCAUGUAAUUCCAUUUUGACAAGUAUAUAUUCAUCUUUAAGUGUC